AGUAGAUAAGGUAUUAGUUCACAUUCAAUGUCUUGCUCGAAAACAGAAGAGUAAAUCAUAUUUUAAAAGUAUUUUUAAUGGGUAUUAAUUUUAUUUGUACAGUGAUAAACAGAUUGCAGAAAUAAUGAGUAACAGAGGAUUCCAAUUUGCUAUUGAUAGAGGUGGUACAUUCACUGAUGUAUUUGCAAAAUGUCCUAAUGGCAAAGUGAGGGUUAUGAAACUACUGUCUGUAGAUCCACAAAAUUAUGAUGAUGCACCCCGAGAAGCUAUAAGGAGGAUAUUGCAAGAGGAAACAGGAAAUGCCCUAGACAAAAAUGGUAAAGUGAACUCCACACUAAUUGAAUCAAUAAGAAUGGGUACAACAGUAGCGACAAAUGCCCUGCUAGAGAGGAAAGGAGCAAAGAUGGCACUUGUUAUCAAUAAAGGUUUUAAAGAUUUGCUACUCAUUGGAAAUCAAGCUAGACCAAAUAUAUUUCAAUUAAAUAUAAAACGACCCGAAGUUCUAUAUAAAGAAGUAGUAGAAGUUGACUGUCGUGUUAUACCAGCAUUAGAAGAGCGUUGUCAAAUUGACAAAUCCAAACAGAACUGGAAAGAAGUACAGGGUACCACAGGUCAAAAGAUGCUGGUCAUAAAGGAUAUAGACGAGGAAGCGGUAAAGAAAGAUCUAGCCGCCUUGAGAGAGAAAGGGAUAGAUAGUAUUGCGGUUGUUCUUGCUCAUAGCUAUAACUAUCAGGAUCAUGAAGUGAGAAUUGGCAAGAUUGCAAGCAAUUUAGGUUUCUCUCAGAUAUCUCUAUCUCACUCUGUGACGUCCAUGGUGCGUCUAGUGCCUCGGGGGUAUACGGCCAGUGCCGACGCAUAUCUGACCCCGCAUAUAAGGGAAUAUGUGAGAGGUUUCUCUAAGGGAUUCACCGAUAAUUUAAAAAAUUCAAAUGUCUUAUUCAUGCAGUCUGAUGGCGGAUUAACUCCUAUGAAUUUAUUCAACGGAUCUCGUGCAAUAUUAUCAGGCCCCGCUGGAGGAGUUGUAGGUUAUGCUUUGACUUCAUACCAGAGAGAGACAAAUCUACCUGUCAUUGGUUUCGAUAUGGGCGGGACGUCUACGGACGUAUCUCGUUACGCGGGUACGUUGGAACACGUACAUGAAGCUACUACGGCCGGAGUGACCAUACAGGCGCCUCAGUUAGAUAUAAACACAGUGGCUGCAGGGGGAGGAUCAAUGCUGUUCUUUAGAUCGGGGUUAUUCGCAGCGGGUCCGGAGUCUGCGGGCGCGCAUCCCGGACCGGCUUGUUACCGCAAGAAUGGACCGCUCACCGUCACGGAUGCCAAUUUAUUACUUGGCCGUCUUCUGCCAGAGUAUUUCCCCAAGAUCUUUGGAGUUAAUGAAAACGAGUCGUUGGACAAAGAGGCCACGACGAAAGCUUUUACGAAUAUGACGCAUGACAUCAAUAACUUCCUAAGACAAGAUGGUGGCAAAGAGAUGACAAUGGAAGAUGUGGCAAUGGGCUUUCUGAAUGUCGCUAACGAGGCCAUGUGUAGACCUAUCAGAGCGCUAACAACCGCUCGUGGUUAUGAUGCACGUUCGCACGCUCUGUCAUGCUUCGGAGGCGCUGGGGGUCAGCACGCAUGCGCUGUGGCCAAACAGCUCGGCAUUACCACUGUUCUUGUCCAUAAAUACGCUGGUAUUCUAUCAGCGUACGGCAUGGCUUCAGCCGAUGUGGUACAAGAAGCGCAGAACCCGUGUGCCCUGGUGUACGCUCCUAAUAAUUUCGCCGAAUUGGAUAGACAACUGGAAGUGUUAGCUGGUGUCUGUAAGAGCAAGUUGAAGGAACAGGGCUUCAAGGACUCCCAAAUAGUGCUGGAGCCCUACUUGCAUCUCCGGUACUCUGGUACAGACUGUGCUUUAAUGGUCUCCCCCAGUACCGGAGAUUCCCCGCAUACAACUAGACAUGGGGACUUCUAUACUUCGUUUAUUAACAGGUACAAGAAAGAAUUUGGCUUCACAUUAUCAGAGCGAGAUGUUUUGGUGGACGAUGUAAGAGUCCGUGGGAUCGGUAGGAGUCAAGUUUUAGAAGAGAACGCGCCACCUAGCGGUAAAGGGACUCCGACGGUUGAGAAGACUGUGAAAGUUUACUUCGAAGGCGGCUAUCAAGUGACUUCUGUGUAUUUGCUGGAGAAGCUACAACCAGGCCAGGAAGUUCUAGGGCCCGCUAUAAUUAUGGAUAGUCUGUCUACUAUUCUGGUCGAGCCUGACUGCCGAGCCGUUAUAACGAAAUAUGGCGAUAUCCGUAUAACGAUCGGCGAGGGGAAACGCAAAGAAGUGUCGACGGAUUGUGACUCGGUCCAACUGAGUAUAUUUUCACAUAGAUUCAUGUCCAUCGCUGAACAAAUGGGGAGGGUGUUACAAAGGACGUCAAUAUCGGUGAAUAUAAAGGAGCGUUUGGAUUUCUCGUGCGCCUUGUUCGGCCCCGACGGGGGCUUAGUAUCGAACGCGCCACAUAUUCCCGUGCAUUUGGGAGCCAUGCAGGAAACGGUGCAGUACCAGAUGAAAGUCCGCGGUGACUCAAUGAAGCCAGGCGACGUGUUUCUCGCGAAUCACCCGAAAGCCGGGGGUUCCCACCUCCCAGAUUUGACUGUUAUAACGCCUGUUUUCCACAAUUCGAAAAAGCCGAUAUUCUUUGUGGCGUCGCGUGGUCAUCAUGCAGAUAUUGGGGGGUUGACUCCCGGAUCUAUGCCUCCUCACUCCACCAGUCUCGCUCACGAGGGGGCAGCUUUCAAGUCCAUGUUAUUGGUCGACGGAGGGAAAUUUAAUGAAGAAGAGUUGGUCAGAGAGCUGAUGAAACCUGGGGAAGUACCAGGUUGCUCGGGUACGAGGAACUUAACUGAUAAUUUAUCGGAUUUAAAGGCGCAAGUUGCAGCCAAUCAAAGGGGGAUCCAAUUAGUCGGUGAGCUGAUAGAUGAGUACACUCUUCCAGUAGUACAGGCGUACAUGGCGCACAUACAGAAGAACGCUGAAUUAGCAGUUAGGGAUAUGCUUAAGGAAAUUGCUAGAAAAUCUCUAAAAAACACGGGAACAAAAAUAUUAAAGGCCACCGAACACAUGGACAAUGGCAGUCCCAUAGUACUGACGGUCACCCUUGAUGAAGACCAGGGAUCAGCUAUUUGUGAUUUCACGGGAACUGGUAUAGAGGUUUGGGGUAACCUCAACGCCCCGAGAGCAAUUACUCUGUCUGCCAUCAUCUACUGCUUGAGGUGUAUGGUGGGACAUGAUGUACCACUUAAUCAGGGUUGCCUGAAUCCAGUGAAAGUGAUAAUUCCAGCAAACUCCAUUCUCGAUCCUUCAGAGGAAGCGGCUGUCGUAGGCGGUAACGUGCUGACGUCGCAACGGGUCGUCGAUGUUGUGUUGAAGGCUUUUCAGGUGUGUGCGGCAUCUCAAGGCUGUAUGAACAACUUGACAAUAGGAGAGAGUGAUUGGGGCUAUUACGAGACUGUGGCGGGGGGAAGUGGGGCGGGUCCAUCCUGGCACGGGACGGGUGGUGUACAUACACACAUGACGAACACUCGCAUCACGGACGUGGAAAUUGUUGAGACGAGAUAUCCCAUUCUGGUCACGGCGUUCUCCUUGAGACCCAAUUCUGGGGGUUCAGGUGUGUUCUGUGGUGGCGAUGGGGUGGUUCGAGAGCUGGUGUUUAGAAGGACUGUUCAACUCUCUGCUCUCACCGAGAGAAGAGUUUUUCAACCAUAUGGGAUUAAUGGUGGUUCAUCUGGAGCCGUGGGUCUGAACCUUCUGCAGAGAGCUGGUGGAAGACUUAUUAAUCUCGGAGGAAAGGCGUCCAUAGAGGCUUAUGCUGGGGAUAAAUACAUCAUGCACUCUCCCGGUGGAGGUGGCUUCGGAAAUGGCCUCAAACGGCCAAACGAAGAAACCGUUCAGUCCCAACAAAUGUUCCAGGAAAGAGGAAGCGUGUUCGAAUACCGGAAUGCGCAGGAGUCUACGUAAAACUAACAAAUAGCAUUUUUUCUAGCACAAAUAUACGUAACAUAUAUUUUGUAUUGAACUUAUAUAAUGUCUAGACCUCAGCUUUUGGAGCUUUUGGGUUGGUCAAUCUUUUAGGUAAGAGCUUCCUUCAUUGUUCACAACAUUCUUCUUUCACAAAGAGUAAGAAUUAAAAUAAUUCCCAAUAGUGGAACAUCGCUUGCCCCGGGGUACAAAGUCGUAACAGCAAAAUCUAUUUCUUUUCCUAUUUAUCGAUUCAAACAUUAUUGUUUUAGAAAUAUAUAAACCACGGUAAAAGUUAAACUUUUUUUCACAUUAUAGACAUUUAACUAAAAUUUUUUUGGAAUAAUAUUCCAUUAAGGGUAUAAAAUCGCUUUAUCAACCUUAAUUUAAUACUAUAUAUAUAUAUAUAAAAGUAGACUAAGUCUCCAACUAAUAUUUUUAUUGAAUUCUGUGUCUUCGAGAGUACGACAUACAUAAUACUUUCUAGUAUUAAUAAGCCUUCACAAAAAUUCGCUGGUUAUAGUGUAAAAAAUGAUUUUGCAAUCUAGGCAUAGACAUCGUACGAAAGAGAUGACAUACAGGAAAGAGACAGUUGCAUUUUCUAGUAUAUUUCUAGUAGGAAUAAGUUACAGUUAUUUCAGUCACAAAGGUAUUGCUAAUUAACAAGUGUGAUAAAGACAAUACAUAAUAUAUAAGCACAAUUUUAUACAUUUAGAUAUUUAGCAGUAAUCGAUACUAGCACACAAUGUUACCGAACGUACAAAAAUAUUGUUGAUUUUGUUUUGAAAAACAGCUAGAGUUUUAAUGUGAAUUGUUAUUUUAUUAUUAAAAUUCUAUUCAAAUUAA